AUGGUCAAUGGCGAGAAGUUUGGAAGACAUCCACAGUACAAAGAGUACAAAAAGAUCUACGAACGGAUCGUGGGACAGAGACUUCGUGGUCACGAUACAUUUCCUCAACUCCUCUGGAGCUAUGUGGGGCAUUGGAUGGUCAAGUGUAGGGGAGGAAUUUUCCACGAUUCGUUUGAUGUCAACACAGUGCCUUCAAGGACUGUCAAAGAAUUAUUCAAUAAUGUCUUUGCCUUUGCCUACUCAGCUCUUGAUGAAAGAUACAUUUCUUGGAAGACACUUCCAUCACAUGACCAAAUAGUUAGCAGGCCAGACUACCAGGUUGACAAGAUAAUCAGCUAA